CUAGGCGAAUCAAGAAGAUCAUGGAACGGCAAGGCGUGACCGGUCCUAAACCGCGCCUGUUAACCGGAAAUAUCCUCGAAAUCUCGGCCAUGGUUUCGCAAUCCACUUCCAAGGAUUGUGACUCUAUUCACCAUGACAUCGUCGGUCGCCUUCUCCCGCAUUACGUUUCUUGGUCAAAACAAUACGGGAAGAGAUUUAUUGUGUGGAACGGGACGGAUCCUCGGCUUUGCUUAACGGAAACGGAAUUGAUAAAGGAGUUGCUAAUGAAACACAACGGUGGAUACGCAAGGCACAUGGUGGAGUGCACAAGCAAGCUAGUGGAGAGGCUGAGGAAGGAAGUUGGGGAAGGAGGAUGUGAGUUGGAGAUAGGAGAAGAGAUGCAUAAACUCACUGCUGAUAUUAUAUCGAGGACGGAGUUUGGAAGCAGCUUUGAAAAAGGCAAAGAGCUAUUUAACCACCUCACUGUCCUCCAGCGCCGUUGCGCUCAAGCCACCCGCCACCUCUGCUUUCCCGGCAGCCGGUUUCUUCCAAGCAAAUACAACAGAGAGAUCAAGUCUCUGAAAAAGGAAGUGGAACGUUUGUUGAUUGAGAUCAUACAAAGCCGGCGAGACUGCGCUGAGAUGGGUCGGAGUAGUACUCACGGAGACGACCUUCUCGGGCUUCUCUUGAACGAAAUGGAUAGCGACAAGAACAAUAACAAUAACAACAACAAUCUUCAGUUGAUAAUGGAUGAAUGCAAGACAUUCUUCUUUGCUGGCCAUGAAACCACGGCUUUGCUCCUCACAUGGACAAUGAUGCUCCUCGCGGAUAGUCCCACAUGGCAGGAAAAAGUCCGUGAGGAGGUUAGGGAGGUCUUUGGCCGCGAUGGCGUUCCCUCGGUCGAUCAACUAUCCAAGCUAACCUCGUUAAGCAAAGUGAUUAAUGAGUCACUUAGACUUUACCCUCCAGCUACUCUUUUACCAAGGAUGGCAUUUGAAGAUUUAAAACUAGGUGAUCUAACCAUUCCAAAAGGUUUAUCAAUAUGGAUACCGGUUCUUGCGAUCCAUCACAGUGAAGAAUUAUGGGGUAAAGACGCAAACCAAUUCAACCCCGAACGUUUUGGAGGCAGACCAUUCGCGGCUGGUCGACAUUUUAUCCCAUUUGCAGCCGGUCCACGAAACUGCAUCGGACAACAAUUUGCGUUGAUGGAAGCAAAAAUAAUAUUAGCGACGCUAAUUUCUAAGUUUAACUUCACAAUAUCAAAGAAUUAUAGGCAUGCCCCAAUCGUUGUGCUUACUAUAAAACCUAAGUAUGGAGUUCAAGUGAUAUUGAAGCCAUUGGAUUCAUGAGGAUUUUGCGGUUAAAGUAGUGAUUUGGAAUGCCUUGGUAAAAUACGGGGAGAGGAAAGAUUUUGGGGUUGAGGUAUUUUUAGUAGUAUGACAACAAAUUAUGUUAAUUCUUUUUCCUCAAAAAGACAUUUUCUAUCGUUUUUUAUGUGUGUUUCUACAUACCAGUGAUUUUUUGUAAUGUGUAACGAGAACAAACUCAAACCCGCAUGAUUGUUUUGACAUGUUUUGAAUAUACUGUAUUUCUUUCC